CAAGAGCUUUCUAUCAGCCUCUCUAACCACUACUCACAGUAACCUCAACUCCUGCCACAAUGUACAAAAUUCAACUCUUGUCUUGCAUUGCACUGACUCUUAUACUCGUCACAAACAGUGCACCUGCUUCAAGCUCUACAAAGGAAACACAGCAACAGCUGGAGCAAUUACUGCUGGAUUUACGGUUGCUUUUGAAUGGAGUUAAUAAUCCUGAGAACCCCAAACUCUCCAGGAUGCUCACAUUUAAAUUUUACGUGCCCAAGAAGGCCACAGAAUUGACACAUCUUCAGUGUCUAGUAGAAGAACUCAAACCUCUGGAGGAAGUGCUAUAUUUAGCUCAAAGCAAAAACUUUCACUUGAAUCACAUCAAGGAAUUAAUGAGCAAUAUCAAUGUAACAGUUCUGAAACUAAAGGGAUCUGAAACAAGAUUCACAUGUAAAUAUGAUGAUGAGACAGCAACCAUUGUAGAAUUUCUGAACAAAUGGAUUACCUUUUGUCAAAGCAUCUUCUCAACACUGACUUGAUAAUUGAGUGUCUCCUAUUUAAAAU